AUGAUUCUCUCUGGGGUUCGAGGAAGCGAUCUUCCCGUCAUAUUUAUCCGGCUAAUCGAGCUUUUCACCAUCUCUCUCCCAGCACUGAACUAUUUCUUCAAUUAUGCCAUUCUUCCCGUGAGGCAAGCACAGAGUGAACUGAGUGAUACGAUCAUCAUCCUCAUCAUAUUUCUCGCUGCUUUGGCCCCAUCGGUUCUCACUCUAUGGACCCGUCUCGGCCAUCCUACAUCUCAUCUGGAAGAAGCGGCAACAAUCAUCUGGAUGGCCGUCGCCGCUUCCGCGUUCGUUCACAUUGAGUUACACCAUGACAAGUGGAUAUAUGGCGCUUAUCUUUUGACUCUCGUUCUCUCGGCCACGCACAGUCUAUCCAAGUGCGUCAACUUCCGCGAAGGCACCUUUCCCGACUUCCCAUCCAUCUGCUUGGGCUACGGAAUCCUAAUGCUGGCUCCUGUGAUUCAUGCAAGCUUACGGUCAUCCACCUCUCAACAAGCCAUGAUUCCAUCGUAUCUCAUCUAUAUCGGUCUUAAUGCCUUGGGAGGACUAGUUUACAUUUUCCGUAUGCCAGAUCGACUGGGCGUACUCAAUGGUAGCAAAUGGAUUCUACACGGGUGUAAUGCGCUGGCAACAAUGUAUCUAUCGAAUACACUGUUUGCCACAUUGGUUGCUGAUCGAUUGGGCCUGUGA